CCUACAGGCCCAGCGUGUUGAUGACUUCAAGAAGGCGCAGAUGGCGCGCGCGUCGGAGAUCCUCAAAAAGCAGCAAGAGGAGAAGGCGGAGCGCGACAAGCACCUGGCUUCGCUGUACCGGAAUAAGAUGGCGCCCGAGUUCUUUACCCAGUUUGGCACCUCGCACCGGUGAUAGCCUCGUGUCGUCGCAGUGGUGGUGAAGCUCAACUGCGCGCGUGCUUGUCAAGUUUUGUCUGUUCAGGGUUUUGUGAGUUUGUGUCAAGUGUGUGUAGCAAUGAAGUGAGAACUCAACGCAGUGAUUGCAAGCACAUACGUAUGUAGGCACUAGGUAGGAAGACUGCGGGAUGCGAACGUGUGACACGCGGGGUUUAGGCGGGUAGAGAACAGAUGUGAAGUCGACGCACAUAGAAUGGCUGACUCAGCUGGUGUAGGAGCAGGACUAUGAUGGUUUCACAUGCCAACUCUGAGGGGGCGUCAUUAGCCGUCAUGAGAUGGGGGCUUCACGUGGGGGCUUCCAGAAAGAACAUUAUGGAAGUGUCACGAGAGAAUGGCUAUGUGACGCUUGUAAAUUCGACGAGUUGUGACAUUUUCCCCAUACAUCACUAUCACUGAACUGACCUAAUUAAAAUGGCCGCUCGCCGUCUUAUUCCGCUGCUGGACCGCGUGCUCAUCGACAAGGUGCAGGCGGUCAGCAAGACCGCUGGUGGCGUGCUGCUGCCUGAGAGCGUUACGCAGAAGGUGAAUGAAGGCAUUGUGGUCGCUGUCGGGCCGGGCCGCCGCAACAAGGACGGCGACCUGCUGCCGACCAACGUGAAGGAGGGCGACAAGGUGCUGCUGCCCGAGUACGGUGGCAGCCAAAUCAAGCUUGGGGACAAGGAGCUCUACCUCUACCGCGAUGAGGAGCUGCUGGGUGUCCUGAAGGACUGAAGCGCCUGCACGCAGGCACAGGCGGUAGCAGGACCUGGCUCAGCAGCGGCAGCGGACGCCUAGUUGACACUUGAUAUGGCAUAAUGUGCGCAGCCCAGCGGAGGCUGCGUGUCAGUGCUGAGGAGGUAUAGAUGACAAGGAAUCCCAGGUCGAGAUUAGGCGGACAAUUGGGCAGAAGAGGUUGGAAAGGAGCGGUAGGACGUCGCACGCGCACGACUGGUCUUGCCACGGGUUGUGGGCCUCGUGUGGCCUGCUGUGUCCAGGCCCCGGGGUUCCACGGACGCAGUGUGUGCAAAACUACAAGGCCGCGACAAACGCCAGCCGAGUGGCGUUGGAGGGGAGGAUGAAUGACAUGAAAGAGUGGGCGAGCAGGUGAGAGGGAACGCUUGUGUCUGAGUGGCUCGGUCGGAAUGGACACCGUACCUAUGGGCAGCUACGCAUGCUGCCUGGUACGGGGGCUGGAUGUGUUUUGAUGUGUCUUUGCGGGGCGGCGAUGGAUUAGAGCUGACCGGCGGAACGGCAGACGCCUUGCAUCCUCGUGGCGAAGGGCAUAGCCAUGUCGUGCAAGCUGGCAAGUAAAUGUGUAGCCGUUGCCAACCGGUCGUGUACAUGGGUUAGGCAUGUGCGGCUAUGGGAUGCAGGUACAGAUGUUAGGGCCAGUGUGCAACAGGGGAGGGUAUGCGUCCGUGAUGGAACAUGGCAAGGUCAAAGGUCGUGCGAGGGUGGGGCCAGGUGGCGGGGGGACCAAACCAACGGACACGCAAAACUCCGUUCAGGUCAACGCCUGGCUGGCCGUCAAACUGCCGGGAAAUAAGAAGCCGA